AUGGAAAUUUUUUGUUCAGAAGUGCCAAAAGCAUCAGAAAACUUUUUAGCACUUUGUGCCUCAAAUUAUUACAAUGGAUGUGAGUUUAUCCGAAAUAUUAAAGGAUUUAUUGUGCAAACAGGAGAUCCAACAAACACUGGAAAAGGUGGAGAAUCAAUUUGGCAUGAAAGGUUCGACGAUGAGCUUAUAGACAGCCUUAAGCAUAAUAUGAGAGGCAUAGUUUCAUUUGCAAAUUCCGGUCCGAAUACGAAUCAAUCGCAAUUCUUUAUCACAUAUGCAGGUCAUCCCAUGCUUGAUUUAAAAUACACAGUCUUUGGACGUGUUAUUGCUGGAUUUGAGACACUUGAGGAGCUUGAAAAGCUUUCAGUUGAUCCCAAAACAUUUCGUCCUAUUCAAUCAAAGAAAAUUAAUUAUGUUACAAUCCAUUCCAAUCCAUUUGCAAUGAUUUAA